AAAUGGACUGACUCCGACACCUGGUUAUAAAUACAGGAAGGAUUUCAAAGUCCCAAUCAGUAACCGGUUGAAAAAAGACAUCAGACUUCAACCCGACGCGCGACACUAACGACGAGAUGACUUCCAGUAAAGUUGAACUCCCUGGAGAAGUGAAGACUGACGCGGCUGCUCUGAUGGCAUCGCUCCAUUUGAUGCCCUCUCCCGUCCCCAACCCGGAGAUCAAGUACACUAAGAUCUUCAUCAAUAACGAAUGGCACGACUCUGAGAGUGGAAAGGUGUUCCCCACCUACAACCCGUCCAGCGGAGAGAAGAUCUGUGACGUGCAGGAGGCCGACCAGGCUGAUGUGGAGAAGGCGGUGAAGGCGGCUCGUGCGGCGUUCGCUCUGGGGUCGCCGUGGCGACGGAUGGACGCGUCCGAGCGGGGCCGUCUGCUGGCCAAGCUGGCCGACCUGGUGGAGCGGGACAGCGCCUACCUCGCCACGCUGGAGAGUCUGGACGCUGGGAAGCCGUUCCUGGCCGCUCUGUUCGUGGACCUGCAGGGCACCAUCAAGACGCUGCAAUACUACGCUGGGUGGGCCGACAAGAUCCACGGCCUCACCAUUCCCAUCGAUGGGGAGUACUUCACAAUGACCCGGCAAGAGCCAAUCGGAGUCUGUGGACAGAUCAUCCCCUGGAACUUCCCCCUGAUGAUGAUGGCGUGGAAGCUAGGUCCAGCGCUGUGCUGUGGGAACACACUGGUGCUGAAGCCAGCCGAGCAGACCCCACUCACCGCCCUCUACAUGGCUGCACUCAUCAAAGAGGCCGGCUUUCCUCCAGGAGUGGUCAAUAUUUUGCCGGGCUACGGGCCAACCGCAGGAGCGGCCAUCGCCUCACACAUGGGCAUAGACAAAGUGGCCUUCACUGGAUCAACCGAGGUGGGUAAGCUGAUCCAGGAGGCGGCGGGCAGGAGCAAUCUGAAGAGGGUGACUCUGGAGCUCGGGGGGAAGAGCCCCAACAUCAUCUUCGCCGACGCCGACCUGGACCUGGCAGUGGAGCAGGCCCAUCAGGGUGUGUUCUUCAACAGCGGUCAGUGCUGCACGGCCGGCUCGCGGGUCUUCGUGGAGGAGUCCAUCUACGACGAGUUUGUGCGCCGCAGCGUGGAGAGGGCCAAGAGGAAGGUGGUGGGAAGCCCCUUCGACCCAACCACAGAGCAGGGCCCACAGAUCAGUGAGGAGCAGCGUGAGCGCAUCAUGGAGCUGAUCCAGAGCGGCGUGCGCGAGGGCGCCAAGCUGGAGUGCGGCGGCAAGGUGGGCGCUGGGAAGGGCUUCUUCGUGGAGCCCACCGUCUUCUCCAACGUCACCGACAACAUGCGCAUCGCCAAGGAGGAGAUCUUUGGCCCGGUGCAGCAGAUCCUGAAGUUCAAGACGUUGGAGGAGGCGAUCGAGAGGGCCAACGACACAGACUAUGGCCUGGUGGCUGCCGUCUUCACCAAUGACCUCAACAAAGCCAUGACCGUGUCCACCUCCGUCCGGGCCGGAACUGUCUGGAUAAACUGCUACAACGCUUUGAGCUGCCAGUGCCCGUUUGGAGGCUUCAAGAUGUCCGGCAACGGUCGUGAACUAGGUGAAUAUGGCCUGAAGGAGUAUUCAGAAGUAAAGACCAUCACCAUGAAGAUGACGGGGAAGAACUCUUAGGCCCCUCCCCUCUGCCGCCACCCCUCACCCUCACCCACAGCCCCGCCUCCCCCAACUCACCACUGAGGGACUUCCUGUUUGGGGUGGGACUUCCUGUUUGGGGUGCUCCAUUCCAGCAGUCGCCACGGCGACUCCAUACUGCACACUAACCAUCCGCCCGACACUCCAUCCACCAUCACCACAGCAACCAGCUGUGGACCGACAUCCCAUCAUCUGGGGUCCUACUGAAGCAGGCACUAUGGAUGGAUACCCCCACCUCCCCCUGCAUCCCCCAAAAUACCCCAAAACAUAACAGCCCCCUCACCCCCCACCUCAUCUCUAAUACCCCCAGCCUCUGGCCGGUAGGGGCCCCUGCCCAGAGCACCAUGCCCAGGGAGGGCAGCCCUGGUGCGGGUAGAUGUGUUCACUGCCGGCCUGCCUGCUGCUGGUCUCCUCCCUGUCCCCAAAGCACUGAGAGAGAAGUAGAGAGAGAGAGAGAGAGAGAGAGAGAGAGAGAGAGAGAGAGAGAGAGAGAGAGAGAGAGAGAGAGAGAAAGAGAGAGAUAGACAGACAGGGAAAUGCCCCCCCCCCCCAAAAAAAAAAGAAUAAAAUACACACACACAUCUGGAUUUUCACUGACUUUCGGCUGCAGUGUCAUAAAUGGGGAAUAAGGUCUGUGUGCAUGUGUGUAGGCGUGUGACUGUGAGAAAGAGUGAGAGGGUGUGGUUUUGUGUGCCUGUGUGUGUUUGUGCGUGUGACUGUGAGACAGUGUUAGAGGGUGUGCUUUUGCGUGCCUGUGUGUGUGUGUGUGUGUGUGUGUGUGUGUGUGUGUGUGUGUGUGUGUGUGUGUGUGUGAGGUGGGGAGAAACACUAUCACAUCCAUAACUGAACCUCAUAUCUGGCAUUGCCCUCCUUCCUUCCUUCCGCCCUUCAUUCAUUCAUUCGUUCGUUCGUUCGUUCAUUCAUUCAUUCCUUCCUGUGAAUGCAACACUUUGUUCUAAGACCACUGAAGCUAUGAAAUAUGAGUUCUUUUAAAAAAGAGUUAAUUCUAAAAAAAAAUGUAAUUGUUUAUUUGUUUGUGUUGAUGUUUGUCCUUUUUUUUGCUUCCCGUUUGCUUUUAAAACAUUUAACUCUGUAUGUUUGACCGCUGUAGCAGAGAGCAACAGACUGAAUCGUUUACCUCCAAAGAGACAGCAUUAAGCCGACGUAGCUCCACAAAACUGCCAUGGGUUGGAAAGCAGCAACUUUGUCACUCAUGUUUGUGGUUAUCCCUAAAAAAAUGUAAUGUUUUAUGAACAUAGACAAAAGUUAAAAAUGUAAAAAUGAUUAUAGAUUUUUCUUUCAUUAAAUACUUUUUUCUUCAAAGUCA